AUGGGUGUAGGACGAUGCUGUCUUCAGACCCCCGAGGAGGCUGAAGAGGCACCCGGCACCCAGCACCCCGGCACCCAGCACCCGGCACCCAGCACCCGGCACCCAGCGCAGCCAGGCCCGCCCCGGCACCCAGCACCCAGCACCCAGCGCAGCCAGGUCGGCCCCGGCACCAAGCGCCCAGCACCCAGCGCAGCCAGGCCCGGCCCGGCACCCAGCACCCGGCACCCAGCACCCGGCACCCAGCGCAGCCAGGCCUGCCCCGGCACCCAGUGCCCAGCACCCAGCGCAGCCAGGCCCGGCCCGGCACCCAACGCCCGGCACCCAGCACCCGGCACCCAGUGCAGCCAGGCCCGCCCCGGCACCCAGCGCCUGGCACCCAGCGCCCAGCGCAGCCAGGCCUGGCCCGGCACCCAGCGCCCAGCACCCAGUGCAGCCAGGCCCGCCCCUGGCACCCAGCGCAGCCAGGCCCGGCCUGGCACCCAGCACCCGACACCCAGCUCCCAGCACCCAGGGCAGCCAGGCCCGGCCCAGCACCCAGCGCCCAGCACAGCCAGGCCCGGCCCGGCCCUGGAUCCCCUGCCGACCCUACGCCCCGUGGAAUGA